UUAAAAUAUUCCGAAAGCCUUUCAAAAGAAGUCUUAACAAUUAGCAAAUUUUUUGAUAGAUAUCAAGCUUCUCCGAAUGAUUUAAUUUUAUCAGGAAUAAUAUUCAAUAAAGAAAUUCAAGACAAACAAAAAGCAAUAUACAUAGUUCUGAAAAAUGAAAAUUUAUGGGAAUCAUUUUGCUUUCCAAUGUUCACAACAAUUAACUUAUCUCAUAAAUACAAAAAUUUUCUUUUGAAACAUUUAAACAAAAAAUUGGUCAGAAUUUCAUUUUCUGAUUGUGAAAAUGAAAUAUUAAAAUUCAAAUUAUUUCAUUUUUUUGCUAAAAAACUGAAAGAUAUUUGGAAUGAUAGCCAAUAUAAAAAUCAAGAUAAAUCAAUAACUAAAGCAACAUUUUCCAGUCAAUAUAUCAUUCACCUUGUUGAGUUUUUGAAAGAAUAUACUAAAUAUACUUUUCAAACUGCUUGCAUUGAAAGUGUUGCAACAAAAUGUAGAAACAAUCAGGAUGGUCCUAGACAAUGUCCAGAUAAUUUUUGGUUUUUGACAAGCCAAAAACCAGUCCACAAAUCUAAUGAAAAUGAAUUCAUUACAUUUAUAGAAAAAUUAAUUACGAUUAGCGACUUAUUAAAACAAAGUUUAGAUGAUUUAUUAAUUAUUGAAGAUUUACUUUGUGAUAAAGAUGAAUAUGAUAGUAGUG